AUGACUCAACUCGAAAGUCGUCUACUUGUCUCCAAUGAAGGUGAUGGGUCACUAUUUUCCAAUACUGGCCCUGGCUCUCAGAACAACAACACUGGUGACGGAACACAAUAUAAUAUCGUCAAUCAAUAUUUCCCCCAACUUCAGCAAAGGGAAGGCUUGGAGGAAUUGGACUUCAGGAUCCUCAACUCAUUGGCUUUCGAAGGAAUGAGUAGUCGACACGCAAACAUUAGAAGAAGACAUAAAGACACAUGUCAGUGGGUACUUGGUUUGGAGAAAUACCGCUCAUGGAUGUCAAAUACUUCCGGUCUACUAUGGAUCAAGGGCAAACCAGGCACUGGGAAAUCUACGUUGAUGGCCUUUUUGCACGAGCAGCUCAACUAUUUACGUCCAGAGAGUCAUGGCAUUUACCUCAACUUUUUCUUCUAUGCCAGGGGCAAAGAUUUACAACACACACAGCUUGGAAUGUUCAGAUCCCUGCUUUACCAUCUAUUUAACCGUGAUGAGAGUAUACGCAGAAUUGUUCGCGAGGUCUAUAGGCAGAGUGUUGGGCUUGAUGGGGGGCCUGGAUAUGGAGGGGAAUUGUCCCAAUCGCAACUGGAAGAAGCAUUCCAGAAAGCUGUUCUUGCUUCGGCUUCCGUGCAGCAGGUGGUUAUCUUUGUCGAUGCGUUGGACGAGGCUGGAGCCACAUCAGCUUUAGAGUUGGCAACUUACUUUCAUGAACUGAAUGCAAACGCGGAGAAAGAAAAGCUCAAGCUCAAAAUUUGCAUCUCAUGUCGGCACUAUCCAGUUCCGAGCACUCGGCCUGCUGUGGAGAUCACAGUCGAAAAUUACAAUCAUGGAGAUAUCACCAAUUACUUGCAGGACCAUCUAUCUACGAGCCCAGAAAUCCGUGGCCAGCAGCUGGCGGAUAAAUUGAUCGAACAAGCCGGCAAUAUGUUCCAAUGGGCCUGUAUCAUUUUGCCAUUCGUUCAGCAAAAGCUUGCAGAGGGAGACUCGCCUGAAGUCGUUUUCGACUGGCUGAAAGAAGUUCCAACCCCGCGAGAAGACAUGAAUGACACAUAUCAAUACAUUUUGGACCAUGUCAUAGCGGAUUGGAAUUGGGCUCAGUCCUUUCUACUUUUUCAGUGGGUGUAUCUAGCCGAACGACCUCUGACUCUGCUCGAAAUUCGGUACGCCCUGACAGUUUCUAACGCACGGGCGACACAUGCCAGAAAGGGAUACACUGGCUUGGAAUAUGCCCUCAAAGCAGAAGAUUUUGACUUGAAGAUCAAAGCUCUUUCUGGCGGCCUAGCUGAGAUCGUAUCAGUUGAAGACAACCGACAGAUUGUACAGGUCAUUCAUCAAUCUGUUAACGACUUUUUGGGUGAAAAGGGACUGCCUUGGCUGGCUGCUCGUGUCAGAGGCAGACCCUUAUUUGCCAAAGACGAUACGAUCAUUCUUGAAUGCCAGGCAACACUCUAUCGAUCAUGCUUGGACUAUCUCACCAUUGAGCUGUUAAAAGGAUUGGAAGUACGCGAGUUUGAAGAUGACAGGGCAGAACAACUGUGGAUGAAAGAAGAGAAAGAGGAAGUCCUUCAAGGUCGACCAUUUAUCCACUACGCAGUCACCUAUCUUUUUGUCCAUGCUGGAAAAGCCCAGAGUUUGCGUACCAACAAUCUAGAGGAUGACUUGCGAGAGCUCGAACGCAUAUUUGACCUCUGGUUCAGGAUUUAUUACACGAUUGAUACUUCCAAAUGUCCCCCAAAGGAUUCAAAGCUCAUCCACAUAGCAGCCGCCGUCAACAUGAAUGAUAUAAUAGAAGUUCUUCUCACUUCGAGGGCAGAAAGUGCUGCAGAGACGGAUUCUCAUGGCAGCACUCUCCUUCAUAUCGCAGCUCAACACGGCCAUAUGGAACUGGCUAGAUCAUUGAAAUUGAGGGACUUCAGCUGUAUGGCAAAGAACAAUCGUGACGAAACACCACUGAUUUUGGCCUUACGGUAUGACAACUUGGAGAUCGCUCGAUGGCUUUUGGACGAAAUGAAGGAUUCCAAAGCAGCCAGUGAGAUUGAAAUUGCCAGUGAGAUUGACAUUGCAUUGCAAGAAGCCUCUUACAAGCACCAGCGGGACAUGGUCUGGCUACUCAAAGCUACCGGUGCCAACGUCAAUUUCCAGGGAGGUAAAUAUGGCUCUGCUCUCCAGGCUGCUGCAUCCUCAGGGAGCGCCGAUGUUGUGAAGACCUUAUUACAGGCUAAAGCCAACGUCAAUGCAAAGGGGGGUAAAUUCAACACAGCUCUCCAGGCUGCUGCAUUUUGCGCGGGUCCUGACCUUGUGAGAAUUCUUUUGGAUGCUGGUGCCAAGAUUAACUUAUGUGGAGGUAAAUACGGCACUGCGCUACAGGCGGCUGCACGGGCACGAGAGAUUGAGACCGUGGAGCUCCUACUACAGUUUGGUGCCGAUGUAAAUCAACGGGGCGGUAAAUAUGAGACCGCUCUACAAGCCGCCGCAUCUACGGGGAGUGACAUAACUGUUGAGUGCUUAGUAGACGCUGGCGCCAACGUCAAUUUGAAGGGAGGCGAAUAUGGGUCAGCUCUCCAGGCUGCCGCAGUUUGGGGGCGUAUUGAAGUUUUGAAGAUACUGCUGGAAGCCGGUGCCGAUGUUAACGCAGGUGGGAAAGAUAAAGAUCCGGCUCUACAAAAUGCUGCAUCGAUGGGUAAGCUUGAUUUGGUGAAGCUCCUACUGCAAUUUGGUGCCGAUGUCAACCAAAGGGGCGGAGAGUACGAAACUGCUCUACAGGCUGGGGCAUACAAAGGGAACAUCGCUAUCGUGAAGUGUCUAAUAGACGCCAAAGCUAAUGUCAGGCUGAAGGGAGGCAGAUAUGGGACAGCUCUCCAGGCUGCCGCCUCUCGUGGGAAUGCUGAAAUUGUGACGAUGAUACUUAACGCUGAUGAGACUGUCAAUGUCAAUGCCCAUGGAGGUAUGUAUGGAAGUGCGCUACAUGCUGCUGUUGCGCGUGGGAGUCCUGAUACCGUGAAGAUCCUCAUCGAGGCUGGAGCCAAUGUUCAUGCUCACGUUGGUUUUAAGACCACUCCGCUGGAAGUUGCCUGUCAUUCCAGAAGACCUGAUAUAAUGAAGAUCCUAUUGGAAGCCGACUCCAAUGUCACUGCAAACAAAGAGAGAUAUUCUCUAGCUCUACAUCUCGCUUUGGAGAACGGACUUGAAGAAGAGGCAAAGAUAUUGGAAAAUGCUGGUGUAUCUAGAUUCUAG